UGGGAGCCGUCCGAUUAUCCGAUUUUAGAGAUAUCGGACGGCUCCUGUUCUCCCAUAUCGGAAGUGAGGAAGAGCGCGCCAGAAACCCGUCUCCCUCUCUUCUCUCGUCCCGCCAUCGCUUCUCGACUCACUAUUGUCGGAGCCGGCGUGUCGACCCCCUGUUGUCUUCGCAGACGGCUUCACAGGCACUCUCUCCAUUCAAUUCCUUCUUCAGAGAGGAAAGUUAAUCAGAAACCAUGGAUGUGGACAAAGAGCCAGUAAUGGAGGAGACCAUUUUGGUGGGUGAUGAUCUUAUGAUGGGGCCGCCAUCUCCUAUCAUUCCCCCAGAGAUAGCAUCACAUGUACUUGAAGGAGUUGAAUUGUGUGAUGGCAUUCUCAGAAACCUUUUCUUAUGUUUGCAAAUCAAUGAUAUUGAACCAUUUUGUCAAGAUGAGAUUUCCUUGUAUCGGCAAUGUGCUGAAAAGCGGGAUAAUGAAUUAAGGAAAAGGCUUCAACAGAGUGAACGAACGCUAGGUUCCUCAAUGCCUUUAGAUGAGGCAAAAGCUAGAGCUGCUCAACUUCAAUCAGAUAUUACUACACUAGAGAGGCGCAUGAUUCUUGCAAGUGGAAUAGAGGGCAUGGAAGGUUUUAGACAGAGGUGGAGCUUGCAUGGGAAUCUCGAGGACACAAGGAAAAGAUUAGAAGCUCUGAAUCAGGGAAUGGCAAACAGGAGGAAGGAAGAGCCACAGGAUUCGGGCAGUAAGAAGCGGUGGUACUUUUGGUAAUCUUUGUGGAUGGUUACUUUGUCUGUGCUUUCAGUCUCCACAAAAGAGAGAGAGAGAGAGAGAGAGAGAGACCCAUUUAUUUCAUAAUUCGGUUUCAUGCCAGAGGAAUUUUAAUAGUUGAAGUGUGCACUUGAUUUAAUUGAAUAUACAUGGUUCCCUUCUUUGGCCA